AUGACAAACGUUACUGCAGUAACUAGAUUCAUCCUGAUGGGGUUCUCUGACACACCGGAGCUACAGACUUUAUGUGGAGUGUUCUUCUUGAUGAUGUACAUGGAAACUCUAGUGAGUAACCUCAUCAUCAUCACUCUCAUCACCCUCGACUUGAAGCUUCAAACACCCAUGUACUUCUUCCUGAAGCAUCUCUCCCUGUUGGAUGUCUUUUUUGUUUCUGUCCCGAUCCCAAAUUUCUUUGUCAACAGCCUAACUCACAACAGUUCUAUUUCCGUUCUGGCUUGUGCCUUCCAGGUGUUUUUAAUGACUUCUUUCUCAGCAGGAGAAGUGUUUGUCCUGACAGCUAUGUCCUAUGACCGCUAUGUUGCCAUCUGCUGUCCCCUGCACUAUGAGACCAUGAUGAGUAAUCCUAUCUGUGUGCUGAUGGUGAGCAUGUCUUGGGCCUCUGGAGUACUCUUUGGAGCCAUAUAUACAUCUGGCACAUUUUUCAUGCCUUUUUGUGGCUCCAAUGUCAUCCCACAGUUUUUCUGUAAUGUUCCUUCAUUGCUAAGAAUUUCCUGCUCUGAAACAUUUGUGGUUAUUUACACAAGUCUGGGAAUUGGUGUUUGUGUGGGUGUGUCUUGUUUCAUCUGUGUUGUGAUCUCUUACUUUUACAUUUUCUCCACGGUACUAAAGAUUCCUACUACUAAAGGUCAGUCCAAAGCAUUUGCCACCUGUGUCCCCCACCUCACUGUCUUCACUGUCUUUAUUGUUACUGCUUGCUUUGUCUAUCUGAAGCCAUUCUCAAAUAACCCAUCAAUUUCUGACAAGCUCUCUUCUGUGCUUUAUACUUUGUUGCCUCCAGCACUUAAUCCUCUGAUAUACAGCUUGAGAAACACUGAUGUCAAAAGUGCUCUGAGGAGGUUGCAACAAAAUCUUUGCUUGAGAUGUUUACUCAUUUAA